UCUUCUUCCGAUACGGCGGCGGCGGCAGGAUAUUUAGAAAAAUAAAUAAAGAAAAUCCACGCACCGACCCCCCCGGUGCGGAGCGGCAGAGGAAGGAAAAACGACACGGAUGUGCCACCGAAAGCGCAGCGGAAACCGCCCCCCAGACCUUAUUCAUGCCAAGAUUUACACAGGUCCGAUCCCGGCCGAGCGAGGGGCAGAGCUGGCCAUGGGGGGAGGUCGCAGCGAGACCUCUGCACUAAGUGGGACGGGAGGGGGGCGAGGCAUGGCGACUACCCAGAAUUCCCAACGACCCAACGCCUGCUGCUUCUGCUGGUGCUGCUGUUGCAGCUGCUCAUGGAACGAAGAGGAGCGACGGAGACGGAGCAGGAGGAAGAGGAUAUCACAGGACACCAAGAUGGAGACUAUACCAAACUGUGAAGCCUGCACCAAACCCUCAGUGGACGAGAUCCGGCUGUGGUCUCAGUCCUUCGACAAGCUGAUGAGGAACCCGGCGGGUCGAAAUGUUUUCCGGGAGUUCCUGCGGACGGAGUACAGCGAGGAGAACAUGCUGUUCUGGCUGGCCUGCGAAGACCUCAAACAGGAAAUCAACAAGAGCGCCAUUGAGGAGAAAGCGCGCUCCAUCUACGAGGACUACAUUUCCAUAUUGUCGCCUAAAGAGGUGAGUCUGGACGCCCGGGUUCGAGAGGUGAUCAACAGGAAGAUGCAGGACCCGACGCCUCACGCCUUCGAAGACGCACAGCUACAGAUCUACACGCUGAUGCACAGGGACUCCUACCCACGAUUCCUCUCCUCCAACAUCUACAAGUCGCUCGUUCGCGGCGGCUCGCGUACCUCCUCCGAGUCCUAGUCCUACACCACCUCCACCUCCUCUUCUGAUCCUGCGCUCACAGGACCGAUGCCAGACCGCUUCAUCGCUCCUCCCAGUACAGAAUUUAUCAGACUCCUCCUCAGUUCAUGUCUCCGAGUCCCAAGUCUCUUUGAUGACUGCCGAGUCUUUCUUCUCAUUCGCCAACACUUCCUCUGCUGCUUGCUCCUGUUUUUUUCUACCGCCUCUUUGUUCUCUUCAAAUCUUCCUUUGCUCUCCUUUUCCUUUCCUUACUCUCCUCUUUCCAUCCUCUACUUAUUCACUCGUAAAAUUUAGACGAGUGUCUCGACGGGCCUUCAAAAAACAAGAGAAGCAUUAUGUUAUAAUGACAGAAUAUGUGUCGGCUAAUAAUACAGUAAACAAAAGCCUGUUAAAAUUAAGAAUUAAAGUUUGUAAAUUGGCAAAUUUGACCAUUUUAUAAUUGUACAUUUUCAAAUUAAAACAGUAGAAAUUAAAUUAACAGCAGCUAAAGUUUGGAAGUGAAAAACGUCGACGAGCCAGGAAGCGAUUUAUGUUUUUACUGCCUGAAGAUGGAUUUUUUAAAAAUCUGACAUCACAUUAAUGUAAACUCGAAACUUAAACUUAAAACAUUUUCUCGGUUCGUAACUAAAGGGCCACUUUUUCUGGACCUUUCAGCGUCACCUCACAGUCUUCCUCAGUGGAGUUUGUACAACAGAGGAAGACUGUCAGGUCACACGUCCAGAAAAAGUUCAGUAAGUGGAUUUUGAGUGAAUGUCGUCAGUGUUUUGUCACUGAUGUUUAACAGAAAAAAUAUUUUAUAAACUUCAUAACUGUUUUUAAAUGAUCAUUUCUUUCUGUUACCGAACGUUUGAGAAUUAUUACCUGACUUUUACAGUUACUAAUAUUGUCCCAGCUGAUUUACUGGUCCAGGAUGAACCUUCUUCAUCUGACCUGAGCACUGAGAACUCGGGAUCUUUACCUCGUCCCACCUCAUGAAGUUUUUCUCUCCUUCUAAUCUCUGUUUUCUUCUGUCUUUCCAUCUCCGUCCCUCUCCUCCCUUGUCUUUUCGGGAUUUCUUCGGGAUAUCAUCGACUGUUUUGUGGAGAUGCACAUGAUUACUUUGGGAGACUUUAAUGCAUUUCAAGGGACGAAAUGUAAACCUGUGCCAUUGACUCUUAGUGAUUUUUUUUACCAAUAUGCUCCUCCCCUCAUGAGCAUCCAAUCACCUUUAAGAGCUAAUAAAAGGGGGAGGUCCCUGACUGCCGCCCACCUCAUUGCCUUGCUUUUCAUCCUCCAGUUUUCUCCGUCGGGGCGGACGGAGAGGCGAAGGAAGAGAUGGAUGCCGUCUUUCGACCGGAAGACACCGGGUGCUCCCCCCAUUCCUGUUUCUGUUGUUUGUUUAUCCCCUCGACUGUCGGAUCGAUCACCUCCCUCCUGUGACAAACAAACGGACGAACCUCCUUCCGACUACUGAUUUACAGACAAACCAGACGUCUAUUUUUUAAGAGAAAACUAUACGGAACAUUUUCAGUACGUUGAUUUUUUUGUUGCGUGUAUUUGGUUUCUCCCACUCUCUCUCCUUCCUGGAUUUUUUGCAAGAAGAGGAGGGACUCCCUCGAGACUGUACUGAUCCCCACCCAACACAACACCACAGACGCCACAGACGCCACAGACACCACAGACGCCACAGACACCACAAACGCCACAGACGCCACAGACGCCACAGACGCCACAGACACCACAAACGCCACAAACGCCACAGACGCCACAGACACCACAAACGCCACAGACGCCACAGACGCCACAGACAUCACAGACACCACAGACGCCACAGACAGGUGCAAUAAAACACUGGAGUUCAGACAAACAACACACACAGAUUUGUUUUACUAUACUUUAGUGGAUCCUUCCGUCCCUCCGUCCAAACCAUCAGUGAGAUACGACGAAGAUAUCAGAUAGCAUCAAUAUCUCAGGUUCAUCGCGAGUAUUUCCACACUUUAUCAAAGCUGUGAAACAUUUCUCACUUUCUCAGUAAAGUAUUUAAUGAAGCACACCGACCAAUGCGCAGUGCGUCUUUCUUCAUCGCCAUGGAAACGAUCUUACGUGUUUAGGACGACACUACCUUGGAAUGCAAACUUUAGUUCAUCCAGUAUUUCUCUAAGUCUGCAGUAGAAGUUUUCUUCUAUUUAGACCUUCAUUCAGAGCUGAAACAGUUAGAUGAUCGUUUCUUCGAUUAAUCCAUCAAACAGCUUCUCAAAUGUGAAACUUUUCUGCCUUUUGGUGUUUGAUGAUCCUCAGUCGAGCAUCGAUUUCGACCGAUAGCCAACAUGUAAACAUGUCUCUAGUGAUUCACAUUUUCCCUUUUGUUUCGCAUCUCAUGACCAAACGAUCCAAAUAUAACUUUCAGAUUAACGAGUAAUAAAAAAAGCUUUCGUUGUCUUCAUCUACGUCGUAGACAAACUGGAUGUUUUGACCUGAAGCAGCAGCUCUCGACGUAAAAAUGGCUUCAUGAACCCUAAAACAAUGUUGAAUUCUGUUCUCUGCACAGACGAGAAGAAAACUUUCCCUCUGUGGAGGAAGCAGUUCAUUAAAACAUUGAAUCCAAACGUCGUCUAUUCUCUUUAAACAGCUGAUCGUUCAUGUCACGUGUUCAGACCUUCGUCUGGUCGUGAUGAAAAGACAAACCUCGUUAACGAUGAAACAAAUAUUGGCUGAUUCUUUAUGUCUCACCACAAAAAUUAUACGAAAGUGUCAACAAAGCAAGAACACCAACCAGAAUCCACUGACACCCUAGUCUUGUCCCUUCCAGGAGACAGUCCUGGGGGGGGGGUCUUCUCUAAAGAUCCCAGAGUUUAAAGUCAAUGUUGUCCUUAUAAGUAUAGUAACACAAAUACACAAACACACACGCCAGGACGGCCUACCUGGGCACUGCUGCUGCUGACCUCUGUGACCUCUCACCUUUGACCUCACCACUGUCUGCCGCCCACUCGGGCACCUGCUCCUGAUUGGCUGCAGGAGGCUGCAGGGCUGAACUGUGGUUGGUCAAUUCAGGAAGGGGGGUGGGAGGAAAUCCCAGGUGCAAAAAAGUAUAUAGAUAUAUUAAUGAAAAAAACAAUUAAUACAAAUAUAUAGAAAAAGAUAUUAUGUAAAAUGGGAAACGUACCCCCAGUGCUUCAUGGGAAAUGUAGUUCGUUUGUAGUUGUCUGCGAGGGCGGAAACAACUGAUUAAAAAAAAGAGAAGACCAGACUGGUCCCUCAGAAUGCAUUUAUCUUAGUAUUGUUCAUGUUAUUUAUUUUAUAUUUUGUUAAAACUGUGAUUUUAAUUGUACAUAAAUAAACAGAAACCCUUGAA